UACGGCGGGGACACGACGCGCUCGAGCUCCCGUCGCACGGCUUACAGCCACAGCGUCCCGGAGCUGGUCGGACAACGUCACAGCCAGCCGGGCGCGCCGUUUACAGAGCGCGGAGUUUAUUAUUCUUCGUAGUUCGUUAAAUCAUUAUUAAUGACGUAAUCUGAACGUCGGUUAUGCUUCAGUGAGGUUAGAAGACGUUGCACGUGAUAAAUAUGUGAGUUGCGUUGCGGUGAAAUGGAUCCAGCGGUGCACCUGCGUGCUGCCGAGUCCGGGCUGGUGCGGUGACCCCCCCCCCUGCGGAGGAGCGGUGAGUCCCGGCGCGAGCGGAGAGCGCGCGGGCAGCUACAUUUGUCAUUUGAAUUGUCCAUGGUGAUAUCGAGACCGGGGUGGACCGGCGGUGGUCCCCGACUGAUACCGACACGAGACCCGCGGUUUUUCGUCAGGAGAAUCAAUUAUCAUUCCGUGCUGCACCGGAGCCGAACGACACCAUGGGUGGAGACUUGUCUUGGGGCUGAAAGGAGACUCUCCAACCCUUCGUCCAGCUCACUGGUUAUGCCCUGUUUCCGCAUGCCUUUCUGCAGCAAGCAGUUGUCAUUUAAUGAAAUGCUUUGCGCUUUGGAGCUGACAGCAGUGCUGUACUUUCUGGACCUGUGGUCCUCUGUGGCUCCUUCAGCUUUGCCCCAUGAAAACCAGGUGUUGUGUGUAUGCAACGGCAUAGGCUGUGUCAACAACACCUGCUGGGGGAACACCUGCUUCUUCACCAGGGUGCAGGGCACCCAGGAGUGGGGCUGCUUUCAGGAGGAGCUGUCAACACAGUGCAGUGUGCCUAAAAUAAAGGAGCUCUACACGCUGUGCUGCUCCUCCAAUUACUGCAAUGCCAAUGCCACAGCACCAGAGGAGGAAGAGCUGGGUGACAAGGGGGACCGUAUGUUCGUGGUGGUGGGUUUGCCGUUGUUGGUCCUGUUCCUUCUGUCCACCUCACUCUAUGGACUGUUGUGCUGGCUGCGGGCCCAGCGCCAGCGACGAGGGUUGGACCUGCACGACACCGAAAAAGCCGUCACCCUCAAGGCCUCCGGAACUAGAGACCCUACGUAUGAGGACAUGUUUGACGAGUUCUGCACCUCUGGCAGUGGCACAGGCUUGCCUUACCUGGUGCAGAGGACCGUAGCGCGACAGAUCACCCUGGCUGAGUGCGUUGGAAAGGGGCGUUACGGUGAAGUUUGGCGCGGCACCUGGAUGGGGGAGAGCGUGGCAGUGAAGAUCUUCUCCUCGCGCGAUGAGCAGUCGUGGUUCCGUGAAACCGAGAUCUACAACACUGUGCAGCUGCGGCACGAGAACAUCUUGGGUUUUAUUGCUUCAGAUAUGACAUCUAAGAACUCCAGCACUCAACUGUGGCUAAUAACACACUUCCAUGAGCUGGGCUCCCUGUAUGACGUCCUUCAGUACAGAAGCCUGGACCCUGACAGCUGCCUGCGCAUGUGCAUGUCUGUGGCCAGUGGCCUGGUGCACCUACACACAGAGAUAUUCAGCAGCCAGGGCAAGCCAGCCAUUGCCCACCGGGACCUAAAGAGCCGCAACAUACUGGUCAAGAAGAAUGGGCAGUGUUGCAUCGCCGAUCUGGGCCUAGCUGUCACGCACUCUCAAACCAGCGACUAUCUGGAUGUGGGCACUAACCCCCGGGUAGGAACCAAACGGUAUAUGGCGCCUGAGGUCCUGGAUGAGAGCAUUCGAACCGACCACUUUGAGUCUUACAAGCAGACUGACAUCUGGGCCCUGGGAUUGGUCAUGUGGGAGAUCUCUCGCAGGACUGUGGUGAACGGGAUUGUUGAGGAGUACCGCCCCCCGUUCUUUGACGUGGUGCCCUCAGACCCUAGUUUUGAGGAGAUGAAGAAGGUGGUCUGUGUGGACCAGCAGAGGCCCAGUCUACACAACCGCCUGCACUCUCACCCGAUUCUGUUUACCAUUGCCAAGGUCAUGAGGGAGUGUUGGUUCCAGAACCCCACAGCCCGUGUGACUGCGCUCCAUGUGCGCAAGACCCUCGCUAAGCGGGACCAGAACCGGGACCCCUGUCUGUACAAACUAAAACGUGACGUCUAGGCCCUGAGUGCAGCACUUUGCAAAAUGUUUUGUUACAAACCCACACAUAUAUCUGUUCUCCAUUCAUUCAAAGGUUUACUUCCCACCAGGGUAUUGUUCCACUUUUUGGGAAACACUAGGUGACUUUUGUGCUAUUAUGCUAUUCCUUGCAUUUUCUAUGUGCUGACUGGACUUUUUAGGUUUGCACCAUUUUGCUGAAUGACUGAAAAAACUAUGGGUAGACUCUUGAACUGAAAUACCUGGUUCUAGUUCACUUUGUUUGAUGGCCAGUGAGUAGGCAUGGAAGAACUGGGACAAGUGGCCAAGACCAUUAGCUGUUCCCAUGCAGGUUACCUGAAUCACAGUCCAAAUGGCUGAGUGUGUACAGUCUGUGAACACUGGGACUAUAUGACAAUCCUUGUGGGUGUGAUGUCAUUCACUUUUUUACAUUUACAUUUAAUGUUUUGACAUGGUUUUGCUGAAAAUUUUAAUGGUUUUGUUGGUUGAGCUUAAUUGAGGCUAAUGUACAGGUUUCACAGAUCAUUUAAAAAAUAUAUUUUGAAAGCACUUCAACAUGAGUUUUAAGGCUCUCUGUGACUGUCAAAUCAACUCAAUGCAAUUUUGAAUCAUUUAAUAUUUGCACUAUAGGUUAAUGAAAAAGGCUGACAAUUACAUAUUUAUUGCACUGCACAGAAAAUGUAGAAAUUUAUUUGUCUCAAAAGCAGGUAAUUUCUUAAAACGGAAGAGUGCUUGUUUUUCAUCAAAUAUUUUGCAUGAUCUGUGUUUGAGUUUGUAAAGUUUUUCUAACAUGUAAAAUGUUUUAACUAUAUAAUACACUAACCAAUUAUACCAAAAUUAAUAUGCCAUAUAGUAAAAAAAUGCAAUUUACAGAACGAUUUAAAUACAGUUUUAAUUCUUUAAUGGACUUUUAUGGAAUCUGGAAGUCUGUUGUGUGUUUUUACUGGGACACAAGUCCGGUGAGGUUCGAGCAGCAAAGUUAACUUGUGGGAAAUAUAAAACAUAUCCCAUUUUUACACGGACUGUGGGUAAUAAAACACUUGUGGUAAAUGAAGCACAGACACUGGCAGCUGUCUUAUUCAUAUGUAAGGUUUGUGAACACUGGAAUUCUCUGGGUUUUUCCUUGAAUGGCUCCUAAAUUGUGAUAUGAUUGUCAUCUAAGUCAUUUUCAUAAAAGAAACAGCCUUAACAAACACGCACCCUACUUUAUUAUUAAUAACGGCAACUGAGUACUUUUUGUAGCAGCUGGUCAGACCUCUGCAGCAGUUAGGUGGUAUUUUGUCCCAUUCCUCUAUACAAAACAACCAAGCAUUGUCAACAGCUGCUUGUCUCAAGUGGGGUCGCAGUGGAAGCCUACCCAGCAACACAGGAAGCAAGG